AUGGAUUACCAGUCAAGCAUCAUCCGGGACUCUAACCCCAUGGAGAAUCUGGAGAAACAGUUGAUUUGCCCCAUCUGCCUGGAGAUGUUCUCCAAGCCUGUGGUGAUCUUACCUUGCCAGCAUAACCUCUGCAGGAAAUGCGCCAACGACGUCUUCCAGGUCAGUAGGCGUCCUAGCAUUGUCCAAGGUGUGUGUUGGGACGACGGGGGUGGGGAGGGAGUUGUGGGUGUGUUUUAGAUGAGGGGGGAGCAGCGGGGAGUUAUGCCACUUGAAUGUAUAGAUCACCCCUGUGCAAAAGAAGAAGGGGGAAAGGGCAGAAGAUCUGGGUUCAUCCACAAACAAUAUCCCCAGUGUGGUGUACAUAUCUCAGGCUUGUGGAUUCUGCUGGGAGGGGGGCAGUUACCAGAACCCUGAGGUCCCCCCUCCCACGUGGGUACAAACUAAUAGCUUCACUAAGCUACAAUUCCCAGCACCCUUAACAAACUACAGUUCCAAGGAUUCUUUGGGGAAGCAAUGAACUGUAAAUGUGCUUCAAAUGUACAGCCCACAUGCUCCUAUCCGUGCUUAUUCAGAAGCAAGUCCCACUGAUUUCAACAAGACUUCCUUCCAAUAAUGCUUGCCUAAGACAGCAGUCUUUGACAGCCCUCCUCACAUGUUAUUCAUGUGCAAAACCUAAGUGUACAGAGCAGGGAAAAGGAGCCUCAGUCCCAGGGGCCAAAUGCAACAGCCCUCCUCACAUGUUAUUCAUGUGCAAAACCUAAGUGUACAGAGCAGGGAAAAGGAGCCUCAGUCCCAGGGGCCAAUGCCUCUCCCUCUGGCCCUUGGACCUCUCCCAGGUCCCACCAUUCUACAGCCACACCCCCUGUCCCCAGGCCACGCCCCUCACUGGCCCCCCUUUGCAGCCCCUUGGGCGCUUCUGCCUGGUUGGAAUGUGCCCUUGAACUAUGAUAUUGUUUCUUGCUUUCCUGGAGGGUGUGUGUGAGAGAGUGUGCAUUAAAAUGAGCCAACAGCAAAAAUUCACCUGUGUUGCUCCACCCACUUUUGCCUCUGGUCCCGCCCACAUCGGAACACUUGGCUGUGCUGGUAUACCGAUCACACGGAGCCUCUUCUAGAGAGCAGGAGCUCAUGUGUUGGGCUUUUGUCUUCCACUAGAUAAAGUUGUGAAGAGCCUACGUCACCCUGUCAUCUUUGGGUGGGACUUUGUAUCUUAAAUUAUAGACCUAUAUGUCAAUAGCAACAGAAUUUUCUAUUCUUUUACAAGUGCCUGUCACUUAUUACCAUUCAUUAUAUUCUAAAAUGGUAAAUGCAUGAGCCGGAGGGAUAGCUCAGUUGGUAGAGCAUGAAAAUUAAUCUCAAGGUUGUGGGUUCGAGCCCCAUGUUGGGCAAAAGAUUCCUGCCUUGCAGGGGGUUGGACUAGAUGACCCUCAUGGUCCCUUCCAACUCUACAAUUCUAUGCUCCUCUAAAGCCAUUUAAAAUUUUAAUACCCUGUUUGUUAGAAGCCGCCCAGAGUGGCUGGGGAGGCUAGGCCAGAUGGGGUAUAAGGAAUAAAUUAUUAUAAAAGUUUUCACAGUCCUAAGUGUCACAUAGUAGUCUGGUUCAUCCAAUAUGUACUUUCUUAUUUAUCCACUUAUACAACGAAGAAUGGUCUCCAUCAUAGUGUUAUCUACCUACACAUACUGAAAGGCCAAGGUGCCCCUUUAAUAUGAGUGUGGAAAAGAUUUCCCCUGGCUCGAGAAAACCAAGCCCUUUCCCCAGAAGGACCCAAGGCUACCAGUCAGGUUGUCAAAUGAAACGUUGCCAUUUUCUAGUUGAAAAUACAUAAAUAAUCUCAACUCAACCUUGGUGCUACAUGGCCUGGAAUUUCCAGCAGGGAAAUAGCUGCUUUAGUCCUUUGUGAAGUGGCCAAGGUGGUGCCUGCCAGGUGUUAUGGACUACAACUCCCAUCAGCCCCAGCCAACAUGGUCAGGAAAGAUGGGAGCUGUAGUCCAACAACAUUUGGAGAGCACCAUCUUGGCUAGUACACCUGCCUUAGACUUAAAACUUUAUUAUGGGAUUCACUUUUAUGAACUAAAGGAAGUGCACUUCCAAUCCACAAAAGUUUAUGCCAUAAUGAAACGGUUAGUCUUUAAGGUGUCACAAUAUGAUUUGAUGUUUCAUAGAAUGAUCCAAGUUGGGCUCAUCUCUGGCUACUUCCAAGCACAGUUCCGUGUUCUUAUUUCAUCCCUGAACAGAAUGUUAUGUUCUGAAAUAAAUCACCCUCUGCCCAAUCACAUUAAUGAAUGAAUUGAUUUAUUGACUGAAUAACUGGAACAACAAGAUGAGCCAGCAUUGAGCAAACUCAUUAGCAGCGCUGUGCAAAAAUGCAAAAAGGAAACGGAAAGGAUAUACUGUAUCAAAGUACUUUAGUUGCAACAUGAGUUAAAUAUAAUGAAAAUCGCGAUAACUGUGAAAUAUCCUUCAUUACUUUUGCCAGGGGUCUCAUCCCCUUGAAAAUUCAAAUACAACCCCUUUCCAAUUUCAGUUUGUGUGAAAUGCGCCAAGACCACUUCCCAAGAGAUCCAAGAGAAGCUGUGGCCAGGAGCCAGUUGAUAAGAGUGCUGGGCCUUUAGGGGGCCUGUUUUACUUCUGACACCGCCUUUCCAAAGUGUGUUGAUCGUUGUUGCCAAACCUCCAAGGCAACAAAACAAGGAGAGGCAGGAAGGAAAACCCAGGGGCAGAGGAGAAAUUGGAUUCUGUUUGCUGGGACAGGGGGAUUAAAGUCUUCCAAAAGGUCUUACAGUUUGACAGCCAAUUGCGGAGGGGAAGGCAGGGACUGAAGUGCUUGUUGAAACCCAAACCAGAGCUGUUGUUCCUUUAUUAUCACCAAGAGCUGCUUCUCGCAAGAUGGCUUCCUGCGCAGGCAUAAUUUCCAUCCAGGAAAACCCACAUGGCCACUGGGUCAUGUGACAAAUACAUGUGUGAAUGUGUCACUUGUAGAUAGUGUGAAGAAGCAGAGUUUUAGGGAAAGCCGGUCCACAGUUUUACCUAAUGUGUUUUUGUGCAUCGCAACAGUCAGAUAAGGGCAGAUUUCAGAGGAUGCUGGUGUUUCAGGUCUCAUGCUGCUUUGGAACGUGCAAAUUUGAUAUAUUAUCUUUUAAAUGGGAACUGAAUUGAAUUUCUCCCCCAUCUCUGGCUGUCACAGAGUUCUUCCUUUAUGAUCAUAAGACCCUUAGAACAGCCCUCCUAGAUACUCUGAAGGCCUACCCUAGCCCUGCAUUCUGCUCCCACAGCGGCCAACCAGAUGCCUCCAGGAAGCUCACGAAGAGGGCAAGAAAGCAGUGACCCUUUCCUGUUCUUGCGCGGCAGUAAAUGAUAUUCAGUGGCAUACCAGCUCCAAAAUCUGGAGGAGGAUGAGCAGCCGUGGGUAGACUUACAGAAUCCUCCUUCCCACCGGCAUCCAUUUUGUACUGCUGGCAGUUCAUGGUACAGUCACAAGAAGCUAUUGUAAAAAAAAUAAAAAAAUAAAAAAAAUUCCAACACUGUUUCAGCUCCUCUUAAAUAACAAAACCCUUCUUUCCCUUAUAAGCCCCCACUUUGACUGAACCAUCUCUAAAUGCUCUGCUAAAGAGGACUGGAGCAAGUGGCCUGUUCCUAUGAAGGGUUUCCAACCCAUUCAGAUCUGCUCAUCAAUAGGAUGAAAAUUAAUCAAGGGCUGGAGCAGAUUCUCUCACAGUCAUUCUCUAAUGGAUGUGAUUUGCAGCAGGCACAGGAUGGACCAAAAGAAGGUACUUUACACCCCACACGCUUAGAUGGGCUUUUAAAAAGGAAUUAGAUCAGGGAUAAGGAACUGGGGAACUCCAGUUAUUGUUGCACUCAAGCUCCCAUCAGCCCCUGCUAGCAUGGCCAAUGGCCAGGGAUGAUGGGAGUUGUAGUACAGCAACAUCUGGAGGGUACCAUGUGUUGUCCAUCUCUGGGUCAUACAAAUUCAUGGAGCAUAGACUUAAAAUCAGUGGGUAUUAUCCGUGAUAAAGUGUGGGGCACCUUUCACACUCCCGAGGUUGCUCAGCUGUUUUGGACCUUAGUCAUAUUCAGCAAAGCUAUAUUUGCAUUCUUCAGUUCUUGUCUUUGUAAGUUAGGGAUGGGGACGGAAAUCUGUCACUUUCAGUUUCUCAUGUUUCUAAUCUUAAAUUUGAUUCACAUUUCUGCAGCAAUUUGCAAUUGUUAUUAUUUUAAUCCUCAUGAAAAGUCUUCAGCAUUUUAGUGUAGAUCAGGCAUAGGCAAACUCUGGCCCUCCAGAUGUUUGGGACUACAAUUCCCAUCAUCCCUGACCACUGGUCCUAUUAGCUAGGGAUGGUGGGAAUUGUAGUCCCAAACAUCUGGAUGGCUAGAGUUUGCCUAUGCCUGGUGUAGAUCUCUCCUUAUAUACACAUUUUUUGCAGCUUUGACAUGUGCUCAUUUUUGCAAGCAAUUUCUCCUAGUAUAAUGCAUUUUUGUAUGUUUUCUUCACCAAUACAUUCAUUUUUAUGCACAUUUCCCCCUUAUAUAUGCAUUUUUGUUACAUUGGCUGUUGAACUGCAUCAGAAAAUUUGGAGGUGUGAGUUUUGAAGGAUGGCUGUGUUUUGGUUCUCACACAUUUUCAGAAAGUGCAAAUUGUGAUGAAUUCAGCUUUAAAUGUGAGCCGAAUCAAACUUCUCCUGCAUUACUAGUUAAAGCAAGAAUGGUGAACCAGUAGACCUCCAGGUGUUAUUCAGCUACAACACAGGUGGGGAAAUCUCAGCAUCAGGAAGACAUAGGUUCUCCACUCUAGAUCUAAAAAGACCUGUUAAAUAGAUAACAUGCAACUAUGUAAUUGAAAACCUAGCUGUGGCCACUGAUCUCCAGCUCCAAUAGAAAGGUUGUUGUUGCAACAGUUAUAAAAAGGGUCUUCUGGUUGGAUCAUCCACUUGGUUUGUUGAGCUUGGCCAGUUUUCCAAUGUCAUGCUCUGAUACAAGUGCAAAGCAUGAUGGGGUUUUCCCAUCCCAUAAGGACAACUAUGAAUCAUUCUUACAAGCGUCACCAGAUAACUGUGAUGAUACUUGAAUAGCUGAGCCCUCAGGUCAUCUUUUCCAGGCCAAACGAUGGUAGGAUUGGUUGUUUUGUGGGUUCCUUUGCAAAAAAAAAAUUUUUUUUAAGCUUACUGAACUUUGCCCUUACAUUGUUGAUGGCACUUGCAGGCUGCUAACCCAUACUGGCAAACGGCCCGGGGGACUACCAUAUCAGGGGGACGGUUCCGCUGCCCCUCCUGCCGCCACGAAGUCAUCCUGGACCGCCAUGGAGUCUAUGGCCUGCAGAGGAAUCUACUGGUGGAGAACAUCAUUGAUAUCUACAAGCAGGAAUAUACCAGGUUUGUAUCACAGCUGCCUUCCUCUUGUUUGCCAUAGCUCAAGGGGGAAGUCAUAGCUCAGAGGUAGAGCAUCUGCUUUGCAAGCAGAAGAUUCCACAUUCGAUCCUCAGCAUCUUCAGGUAAGCCCGGGAGACGCCUCAUCCAAAACCCUGGAAAGCUACUGCCAACCAGUAGACAAUACUGAGAGAGAUGGGAUAAAGGUAGCUUCCUAUGCUUUGAGGGAGAAGCACGGCUGUCACUCAUAUUUGGGAAGGAUCCGUUUGUUAGAAAGCGGGCAGAAAAAAGCAGACCAGUCCAGGAACACUGGGAGGACUAUAGGAACCCAGCACACAUGCACGGAUCCAUUUCCAUUAGAGGAAGUGGAAUUUGGGUGGAUUAGAGAGGUAUCUGAAUAUAGUAGGGGAGGCGCUGAUGAUGCUUUGUGGGGGAGCGGGGUGUCAUUAAGUCCUGCCCAGAGUGAAGAAAUAGCAUUGGCUUCCCAAAAUAAAAUCAACAGCUCUGCAGAGCCAGAGCUAGCUUCUUGGACACUUUGGCACGCACAGAAGCAAGGUCUAAACAUAACCUCAGUGUGGAGGUUAAUAUUAGAGAGGAGGUGGGAGUCAGUCCAAUUCCUACUGUACAAAGAGAUGGCCAGGGUCUCGUCUCCAUUACCUUCAUGUCAAAUCCAUCCCCCAUUAUAUUCUUGUAGAGAAGCUGGUAAAUGUGGACUGGAUGAGGUAACAGUUAAGUAGAUUUGUAGCUGAUUGACAAACCCAGAGAGUGCUCAGUGACGGUUCCUCGUCACCCUGGGAAAAGGUGACAGGUGGGGUGCCACAGGGUUCUGUCCUGGGUCCGCUGUUGUUCAACGUCUUUAUAAAUGACUUGGAAGAAGGAAUUGAGAGGAUGCUCAUCAAUUUUGCAGAUGAGCAAACCAGUGUGAACUGAACACACGACUAUCCUUUGAAAUCUGCACUUCUCCAAAUUUUGUGAUGCAGUUCCCCAUUCAAAAAGCAUGCCAAAAAUGAAUAGAUGAGUGAAAAUGAUGUACAAAACUACAUUAUAUGGGGGAGGGGGAAGCUUGCAAAAUGCAUAUAUUAGGCAAGAUGUGUACAAAGAUGUAUAGCUUAGAAGAAAUGCGCACACACAAAAUUUGUGUGGACUUUUUAAAAGGAAAAAUUGCUAGUUGAUGUGGAAUUGGAAUAGGGAAAUGAGAAGCAGAGAAAGACAGAAAUUGACAGAUUUGUGCAGCUCUGUUGUAGCAGUUGGUUGCUUGCUGAUGAAGGAGAAACACACCUGAGCCACUGUUCCCAUUUAACCAAACUCACAUGUGAACUCUGGCUUUAUUCCCAUAAAUAAAAAGAUGCCAUUAAGAUGAGAAAAGAGGAGGGAAUAUGUGUGCUUGUCUUUAAACAAAAGUCCAUUAUCUCCAGGACUAAGAGUCUCAUCUAUCCAACUGGCUUCUUUUGUGUUUUCUCCAGCCGACCCCUGAAGAAGGGAAACCACCCAAUGUGCAAGGAACACGAAGAUGAGAAGAUCAACAUCUAUUGCUUAACUUGUGAGGUGCCCACCUGCUCCAUGUGCAAAGUCUUUGGGGCUCACAAAGACUGCGAAGUGGCGCCCCUUCAAAGUGUCUUUCAGGGCCAAAAGGUACCAGCUGUUGCUUUCAAUGGCUUCACACUCGUUUUCAAACUUUUUUUUUUCAACUUUCUGCCUCCAGAAAACGCUUCCCCCCAUUGGCUGACCUGCAGGGGGACUCCAAAACCCUUGCCCUGGAAACUCUCAAGUCAUUGAACCUCAGAUCUAGGGGCCAAACAUGGCCCUCCAGUCGUCUCCUUUGGGACUCUCCCUAGGCUACCUCUAUCUUUUGCACCUCUAUCCAAUUGCCAAAAAAAGGGACCCUGCUUCUUUCACAAUGUAAAUAAAUAUAUAACCCUACUGAAACCUCCCACGCAUGGCUGGCUUGUUGGUGGUAGGGCAUAAGCUGUCUUUCAAGGAAGCUGUUGUUCACUAUUACUGAUCUUCUCAUUGAGGAAUCCUUGAUAAGCUUCAGAGGAAUCUCAGGGGGUAGUUAGAUCAUUUUUUAUUCCAGAGUUAAUUGUCUUAUUGAUGAGGAGUGGACUUUUAAGAUGGCAGUGGACAUUAUUUCAUGUGUGGCAAGCCAGACCUGCUAUGUUUUGGUACCCACCUUCCAAAUGGGGUCCUGGAUUUCUGCCCCAAACUCUACGUGGAUGGCACCAGUAUUGGACACUACCACAUUAGAGCAAAAAGGGGACCCAUUAGGAAACCUUGGUGCAUUGCACAAGGACAAAAGGGUUCAGUCCCUUGACCUUAGCGGGGUUCACAUCUCAUUGCUUGGCAUGCAGAUAGAGCAGGAGGGAGCAUCUCCCAUUUGGGUUGAGAGAUGAUUGGAGACAUUAGGAUGUGCUGCGCUGUGCCUUUCAGGAAUAGCCUUUGACUGCUAACACAGCUGGUAUGGAUAUACACAGAUGACUGCAGUCCCCAAGCAGCCACCAGCAGAUUAUAUUUAGAGUCACUUGAGAGCCGUGAGGCGGUGGUGGACCCCUCGGAAAGGCGUUCAGUCCCAAGGGAGCAGCUGUGAGCAGGGUUGGGUGGCUGGAGGUCUUUUCCCUGGGCUUCUUGGAUGGGUGCCAUGGAGACUGCAUGAAUUCUCUCACAGGAGUCAAACAAAUCAACCACUGGGUCCCUUCCCCACUGCAAGCACAGCGAAGGGCCAUAGCUCAAUGGUAGAGCAUCUCUUUGGCAUGCAGAAGGACCCAGGCUCAUUCCCCAGCGUUGAGAGUAGAACCCAUGUGUGGAAGUUGCAACUAUAAAAUAAAUAAACCUGCCAUGCAGGGAUAAGUGGAUCACCUAAUGGCUUCGUCACCAUUCACAGCUCACGGUGCAACUCAUCCUUCUCACCACAAAGCUAGGUUGAGCUUUGGCGUAGCAAACCAAUGUCAGUUGCACUGUUUGAGUCAUGAUAGGGACAAAACAACUGCCCCAAGGCCCACUCACCCAACCAACCCAGGCCAAGCUGUGCAUGGCACAUUGUCCAUGUGAGAGCCACAGUUCAGACAGCCUUUUGGAUCCUUGGAAGGGGGGGGGUUGCCUAGCGGCCAGGUGACAAAAAGACCAUCUGUGCUGGCUUCUGCUUGGUGAAAAGCCCAUUGUCUCCCAGGGGCUGAAAGGAUCAUGUGAAGGUGCCUUCAGAAGCCAUCAGGUCUACAAGAUAUUGAAUUUGCAAGGAGCACGAGGAGAGGGAUUUGCACAAGCAACCACUGAGCUGAGGUUUUCUUAGCAACAAUCUCUGUUUCCUUAAGAAGCCCUGCCUCAUUCUAUCAGAGACAAGGGGUCUUGGGCUGUGGUGUGCUGGGGCAAAUGGCACCUUGCUGAGUUAAUAAUGAUAAUGAUAAACGUUUUCUGCACUGUACAACCCCCCUCAAGUCCCUGCCACCAGUUUACAGCCUAACGAGACAUGACACGAAAGGGAAAGGGGAUAGAGGAGAAAGGGAAACAAGCCAAUCUAGGCUGGAGCUGUUUGUAUUACAAGACACACACCCCAGCCCUGUCCGAACCCAAAUUAGAGGGUUCCUCUUUAUCUCCUCUAUUAGGAGCUUUCAUUUAUUCCCAUAGCCAUCCCUUCUUUCACUAUUAUCCAGAGAAACAGCAUGGCAUGCCCUUUCUCUCGAAGGAGAAGGGGCAUGCAGGAUUCCAAUCUAUUUUUGUUGCCUUCUCUCACACACAGACGGAGCUGACCAACUGCAUCUCUAUGUUGGUGGCAGGCAAUGACAGAAUACAGACGAUCAUCAACCAGCUGGAAGAGUCGUGCAAAGCCACUGAGGUGAGGAAUGCAACAAAUGACUGAGCCCUUGGAAAUCUGAGCGGCGGAAGGGAAACACAACUCUGAGAUGGCUGGUGCAGGUGUUGACAGGGCGAGGGGUGGGGGAGGAGAAAGAUGUCUGCUUUUCUCUGAAGUUCACUGGCUUCCCUCUUUUUCCAAAUCUGGGCAGCUAAAUCAGGGGAGAAGUCUACUACUCCAUUUAGACAAAGCAGUCGCUGCAAACCCACCAUGUUCCUCACCCUCACUUGUUUCCUCUCAAUCCCUGGCAGGAGAAUGGCCGGCAGGUCAAGCAGGACUUGUGUGAGAAGUUUGAAGCCCUCAUUGCCACUGUAGAGGAGAGGCGGAGUUGGCUGCUGGAGCGCAUCUCCAAGGCACAAGAAGAGAAAGUUGGCUUCAUGCAGAACCUCAUCCAGCAGUACAAAGACCAGCUGGAGCAGUCGAGCAAGCUGGUGGAGAGCGCCAUCCAGUCCAUGGAGGAAGAGGCAGGAGCUGCUUUUCUCAUGGUGAGGCAAACUUAUGGGCAAUUAUGGGGAGCCUGUGGACCACCAGGUGUUGGUUGGACCACAACUCCCAUCAUAACUAGCUAUUGGGGUUGCUGGUGGGAGCCCAGCGACAUCUUGACAGCUAUAGGUUCUCCAGCCCUGUGCUAAGGAAGUGGAGUGGGUGGCCAACUCCUCUUUGUCUUCUGGCUGGAGACCAAGACCAGAUUGCCCUCCUGCUCACUUCCAUAGCUGCAAGAAACUCAGUGCAGCAGGCCUUGACAAUUGUAAUCAUAACUGCAAGAUUUUCUUUGAUGACCAUUGUGGGUCCAUCACUGGCAGUAGAGAAGGAUGGCUGCCUGCACCUCAGGAACCUUUAGCUCUGCCGAGACACUGCUUUUCUACUGGAAGUAGAAUUUAAAAGGCUGGUUCCACAUGGGGCAACAUAUCAUUCCAUCCAUGUCCAGCAACAGCCAUCCUCCUGGCCUCGAUCAGGGGUGGGGGAACGCCGCCGGCCAACUUUGACAGAUGGGCCGGGCAACCCAGCUGUCAGUCAGAUGACACCAUUGUGAUGGCAGAUGACUCACAAAGCAGGUUGCCCUGCCCACCUGCCAAAAUCCCUUGCGCAGGGUUCUCAAGAUGGCUACCUGUUGCUGGAGGUGCAGCAGCAGCCACAUAGAACAGCUCACAGAGCCAUUUGCAAGUCUCCUCAAGGGUGGAAAGGAGCAGCACAGGGGGCCUUCAAAGAGCACUGCUGGGAGCAAAAAACUAUUUACAUGAAAUGGAAACUGCUUUCCCCGCCUUGAGCAAGCCAUCCCCCUGCCACCUAUCAGCUGAUGGGUUAUUGGGAGCCCUCCUUACUUCAGCAAAGGAACAAGUGGGAGCCCAUUUUAGUCUCCUGAUCGUUCCUUUGUAGCCUCACCCUUCCCUGCUCCACACUGUGCCACCCUCUUCGCUGCAUUUCCCUCCUUCUUCCAGGAAGCAGCAGCGACUCACCUGCCAGGCCAGGUAAAUGUCUCCACCCCACCAUCUACUAUUAAAUUCUGCUGAGUGCUAGCACCAAUCACAAUUGAGGGAGAGUGUGACUCUACCCAAAAUAAGUCCAAGGGAGACUUUGCAUAUCCUUUUUCAACUCUCCACCUGCUGCUUUAGGAGACCCAACUGGUUUCUGCUUUCCUUCACUGUGCAGCUCUGCUUGUCACGAGACAGGUGUUUACAUUCCACAGUCUGUACUGUUGGAGUUUCUCACGGGAAAGGGAGACUGGAUGUGACGUACACUGGUUUCCUGUUUUUCACUGUGUGAUUCUCUCCGAGCUGUCGAGGAGAGAGGAUGCAUUUUCUGCUCCGGCAGAGGCAAGAUGUCUUUCUGUAAUAUACCAGCUUUGAACUGUAAAUAAAGCAAUAUAGAGUAUGCAGCACGUAUUCCUCAUCCUUCCGCUGGGCACCAGACUCUGCUUUAAUCAACACGUGGUUAUGGACUCCAGAAGUCGAAUCGGAGUGCCGGCAAAGGAUCGGAAUGCAGAGGGACAGAUCGGAACGGAAUCUGCUCUGCGCGUAGAAGUGAUUGAUGAGGUAUGUGCUACUGCUCCGGGCAGCCUGCCAGCUUCAAGUUAAUGGCUUUAUGGCUGGACUUUGAACUUUUAAAGCCGGUUUUGCCGGGAAUAGGCAAAAGGCUCCCAGGCACAAGUCACUAUGCUGGGGAAAUCGAAAGUAACUUUAAGUGUGCCUUUGUAAUAAGGCAGCUGCAGCAGUGACGCAGCAAGAUUUAAAGCAGCAUAUAUAUGACGCUGAAGGCUAAUGCCAGAGUCAUGAUGGCCCUUCAGGAUGCUUGUGGGAUUCCUAAGCUCAACAAGAAAAAUUACAGCGACUGGGUUCAGUAUGCAGAGGCAAUUCUGCGGAAAGAGGGUUUGUUUGAGGUGAUUACAGAAACCCCCCCAGUUCCAGUUACAGAUGCAUGGGAAGCUAAGGAUUCCAAAGCAAGGGGAACUCUUACAUUGAUAGUAUCCCCAGAAGAGCUCUGUCUAUUGCGUGAUAAGACCUCAGCCAAAGAAAUUUGGGACGCUUUGAGAGAGGCUCACUUAAGGACAGAAGCUGGAUCCACUAUGUUUUACUUUAACAAGCUGCACAAUAUGGCUCUUGCUGAAGGUGGAGAUGUGCGUUUACAUCUGAUGGAGAUGCAAAAUCUGAGACAUGAGCUGCAACAGAGAGGACUCAACUUUCCAGAGGCUGUGUAUUCUUUCAUGAUACUACAAUCUUUGGGUUCAGGUUGGGAGUCUGUUGCAACCCAGAUUGCUGUGCAACCAACUGCUCAGCUGACAGUGGACUUUGUUACUGCCGUGAUUUUAAAUGAAGCAGAUCGCCGGGGUGCUAGCUGCAUGGGCAAGGGGAGUCUUCACAGACGUCAUCCCAUAGUGCAGUGGAACCACCAGAUGGCGCCAAAGCUUUGAAGGCAGUGAAAUGCUACUCGUGUGGACGUCUAGGCCAUAUGAAGAGGGAAUGCAGACAUCCCAGGGCCAAGACAGAGCAGCGCAGCGAAAGCUCAUCGCGCGGAAAAGGCCGAGGCAAAGGCAAAGGUCCGGUGUCUAGGACAACGCAGCACAAGGCUAUGGUUUCACGCUUCACUCCAAAGGUUGCAGAGGUCCAGAAGACGUCUAGAUCUUUCUUCGUUGUUGAUUCAGCGGCCACCCACCACAUGUGCAACGAUAAGAGACUGUUUGUGUCUUUUACACCGCAGGAAGGUGCGAUUCACCAGGCGGAUGACCACACUAUUCCCAGUAAAGGCUACGGAACUGUUGUUCUUCACAGUUUGGACUUAUCGAUACAGAAUGUGCUUUACGUGCCAGACGCCAAACAUAAUCUGCUCAGCGUUGGACAGCUGAAUGAGCGGAACAUUGACGUUUCCUUCAAGAACAAGAAGUGCAUCAUCACAAAGAAAAAUGAUUAUGUAUUGCAUGCAGAAUAUGUUGAUCGUUUGUUUGUUUUGUAUUAUGAUGAUGUGGUGCAGGAUGACACUUGUUGCAUUGCAGGUUCUAACAAAAGUUUGCAUGCAGAAUGUAUUCACGAUUUUCAUAGAAAAUUUGGUCAUUUGCAUUUUGAGGCAGUAUCUAAAAUGCCUGCCUUGGUUGAAGGUAUGACUAUUAAACCCUGCAGGUACCACAUGAAGUGCAAAGCAUGCGCAGCAAACAAAGUGAAAAUGGCUGCGAAAGGUAAGGUGUCUAGUAGGAAAGCUACAGAACCAUACCAGGUUGUUCAUGCUGAUUUGGUUGGACCACUAGCGCCCUCUUUGGGUGGAAAUAGAUACUUCAUGGUUCUCAUUGAUGCAUUUUCUAGAUAUAUUUUUGUGUACAAUCUCAAGCAGAAAUCGGAGGCUUUUCCUAGGUUCAAGGAAUUCUGUGCUUGGUUGGAAAAUGUGCAUGGUAAGAAGAUAAAGACUCUUUUCAGUGAUCGCGGGGGAAUUCACUUCUCAGCAGUUUGAAGCUUUUCUGACUGAGAAAGGAAUUCAACACGAUUUGUCUAGUCCUCGCUCGCCAUGGCAGAAUGGACUUGCGGAACGGGCAAAUCAGACAUUGCUUCAAGGGUUAAAAACCUUGCUGCAUGAUGCCAAUCUUCCAGAGAGUUAUUGGGCCGAAUCUCUCUCGUGUUUUGUUUACAGUUACAAUCGCAGGUUAUCUUCAGCGCUUGGUUGUACCUCUAUGAGAAGAUGUUUGGCAAGAAGCCAUACAUCAAACACAUGAAGAUUUUUGGUUCUGACAUGUGGGUUCGCUCACCACAAAACUCCAAGUUAGACAAGCGUGGAUUGCAUGGUAUCUUUCUAGGUUAUCAGAAAGGGUCUUACAGAAUAAUGAUGACUGACUCUAAGACAAUUAAGCUCACGAGAAGUGUCGAGUACCAUGCAAAGUGGGGGAGAAUGUGGGAAUUUUCCAAUGUUAUCCUGAUGACGGUGAUGAGACUGAGGAUAGUCAAAGCAACCACAACAGCCCACACCCACUGAUGAAGGUUCUGAGUCUGAAUCUGAAACUGAAUCGGGUGAUUCAGAGGAUUUCGAGAGUGCGAAAGCCUCUAUGCGACCCUCUGAAAGCUCUGAUCAAGAAUUGGAGGAACCAUUGUUCACAAUAGGUCGUUUUCUCCUAAGAAGGAAGAGGAGAGUGUUGAAGACUUAAGGCUAAUUCGUAGGUCACAGAGAGCCACAAAAGGCAAACCUCCAAAGAGAUUUGCUGAUGAGUUUGCUACGAUAGCAGUAACAGCUGUUAAAAGCUCCAAGAAGGUAUUCGAACCUUCAAAUUUCCAAGAAAUCCAGGGUUUGGAUUCGAAGGAAGCUGAGCCAUGGUUAAAUGCCAUGAAGGCUGAGCUUGAUUCCUUAGAAAGGAACAAAACAUGGGAGCUAGUUCCAGUAGUUCCAGGAAUGAAACUGCUUGGAAGCAAAUGGGUCUUCAAAGCGAAGACAGAUCAGAAUGGCAAGAUAGUCAGACACAAAGCCAGAUUGGUAGCCAGAGGUUUUGCACAGGUACCAGGUCAAGACUAUCACGAGACCUAUUCACCCACAGUGAGAUAUGAAAGCAUUAGGCUUAUGCUUAAGCUAGCUGCAGAGGAAAAUCUACACAUUAGUCACCAUGAUAUUAAUACAGCUUUUCUGUACGGAUCUCUAGAUGAAUCACUUUAUAUGCUUCCACCUGAUGGCGUACAGGUAAAACAGGGAUUUGUUUGUGCUCUGAAGAAAUCCCUUUAUGGUCUCAAACAAAGUGCACGGUGUUGGCACACGAAACUCACUGAAGUAUUGUUUUCUCUAGGUUUUCAGCAAGGGAAAGCUGAUCCAUGUGUAUUUGUCAAAGAGGAGGGGCAAAAGAAACUGUACUGUUUGUUUUAUGUUGAUGAUUUAUUAUUCUUUUGGAAAGAUGUUGCAAUGUACAAUAGCGCCCUAGCUCAACUGAAAGAGCACUUUGACAUGAAAGAUCUUGGUGAGGUAAACAACUACCUAUCUCUGGAAAUAGAGAGAGAUCAAGAUGGUAACAUUCUAGUACACCAGUCACGGAAAAUUGCUGAUGUGUUAAGCAAACUAAAUCUGAUGGAUGCUAACCCUGUAGACACACCGAUGACAACAGGUUAUCAGGUAGAUGACACUGAAGAAGCAUUUUCUGACACUACACUGUACAGGAGUGUGCUAGGCAAGCUAAACUUCAUUGCCAGAUGUUCAAGACCAGACAUUGCUGUUAGCUGUAAUUUGCUAAGCAGACAAGUCAACAAUCCUAGUGUCAAGCAUUGGAAAGCUCUGAAACGCAUAGCGCGGUAUUUGAAAGGCACUAUGCAUUACAGACUGAGAUUUAACAAUCAAAAGUCUGGUGGUCUUGAGAUAUUUGCAGAUGCAAGUUUUGGAAGUGACGCUACAGACAGGAAAAGUACGUCUGGAGUUUGCUACAUGUACAAUCAGAGUCUGUUUGAUUGGUCAUGCAAGAAGCAAACAACAGUUAGCUUAAGUACUUGUGAAGCCGAACUCAAUGCACUGUCUUAUUCACUUAAGGAUUGUGAAUGGUUAGUACAAUUGUGCAAAGAUAUGAAAAUUCCUGUCAAAUGUCCAAUCCAGGUUUACCAGGACAACAAAGCAUGUUUGGCUUUGCUGAAGUCUGAAGGUUGUAAGCAAAGCACAAAGCACUUGCAAUUAAAGUUGCAGCAUGCUAGGGAAUGUAUUCAGAAGGGACUCGUAACGGUGUCCUAUAUGCCAGGUAAUGAAAUUCCUGCUGAUGUAUUGUCCAAGAUUGUAUCGAGGGAUCAACACUGUACCUAUGUGCAGAAGUUGGGUUUGUACUGAUAUUGUACAAACACGCUGCCCAGUGAUGUUCACAGAAAGGGGAGGAUGUUGGUUUCUGCUUUCCUUCACUGUGCAGCUCUGCUUGUCACGAGACAGGUGUUUACAUUCCACAGUCUGUACUGUUGGAGUUUCUCACGGGAAAGGGAGACUGGAUGUGACGUACACUGGUUUCCUGUUUUUCACUGUGUGAUUCUCUCCGAGCUGUCGAGGAGAGAGGAUGCAUUUUUCUGCUCCGGCAGAGGCAAGAUGUCUUUCUGUAAUAUACCAGCUUUGAACUGUAAAUAAAGCAAUAUAGAGUAUGCAGCACGUAUUCCUCAUCCUUCCGCUGGGCACCAGACUCUGCUUUAAUCAACACUGGCCUCUAGAUCAAAAUAUUUGAAAAGAAUCACUUAGCAUAUGUCAAAUGCCAUAUAAAUGCUAUCUCAGUAGUUCCGACAACAACCCUGGAAGGUAGGCCACUAUGAGACUAAAGGAGAGACACAAGUUCUAAUCCCCCUUCAGCCAGAAAACUCAUUAGGUGACCUUGGGCCAGCCACUAUCACUCAGCCUAACCUACCUCAUAAGGUUGUUGUGAGGAUGAAAUAGGAAGGGGAAACCAUGUAUGUUGCCUUGGAUCUCUGGAGGAAGGGCAGAUGAUCAAAGCAGGUCAAACUUUUAAGAUACUGCCACUAAGGGGGGCACAGUUUUAAAGUGAAAUGUCUUUCUCCACUAAUGAUCACUCUCUGUUUUUUUUCCCCUCCCCUCCCUGUUUCUUCCUCAUUCCAGUCUGCCAAGCAGCUCAUUAAAACGUAAGUCCUGGAACACUAUUUUCUAAAUUGCAGCUUCUGUGUGCAAAUUCUUCUGUAUGCUGUUCUUCUCAAUGAAUACAGGAUCCUAAUGAGAAGCUCUCUCUGAUUGAAAGCUUAAAAACAAGGCUCCUUUUCAGAGCUGACCAGCUUAGAAGGGGUGGGCUGUUUUUUGUUUCUUUGCUGAGUUGUAAUACUCCUGCUUGCAGAAAUUGAGAGGCAGAAUAAAGAUCAUAAAGUAUGCUUGGUUCGGUUUGCAUUAAAGGUGAACCUUCCAUAUCCCCACUUCCUCUUGUUCCUCUUCUUCCACACACCCCACUCCAGAAAACUUCUCUUUAGUGCUCUAUCAGAGCAAACAGCAAUUUGGGUUUUCUCUGGAUUGAUGUUUGCUCUGAUUUAACACUAAAGAGUGGGUUUUCCCUGUGAAUGGAGCAGGGUAAAGGGAAAAAAAAGGCUCAAACCCAUGCCUAGAAGGUGCGGGUCAAGUGGGAAACUGCUUGGACCCCUGCUUUUUAGGCACAAAACAAUCGGAAGUGUGGAUCAACCCAAUAGGUGAACCAAACCAAAGCCAUCCAUUGAAAUAAAUUUCAGGAUGAGUUAUAACCAAAAUUAAAACAACACAAUGGGUUAAUGAAGUUCUGGGAUAACUCAUCUGGGAAUAAGCCCCACUGAGCAUACCUGUAGGACUUACUUGUGAGUGAAUUACACUGCACAGGUGCAGUCCUCUACCAACUUACCUGGGGGUAAGUCCCAUUGAAUUGAGUGGGGAUUAACUCUGAGUAGACAUGUAUAUGAUAGCAUUGGGAAAUGCACUAAGAGCAGGAAGAAAAAAACAUCUCUUUCCAUCCUGUUUUCUCCGUAGAAUUAUCGAGGCAUCGAAGGGUGCUCAAUUGGAGAAGAUUGAGCCAGGUUUUGAAAACAUGGAUUAUUUUACCAUAGACCUGGAAAACAUUGCAGAAGCCUUGAGAAGCCUUGACUUUGAGGCAGGUAUGGUAAAUAUGGCACCUUUUCAGUGUUCUUGUCAUUUAAAGAAUCUUUCCUCUCCAAUUAAAAUUAACAACAACGACUUCCAAAGUAACUUAUAGAUCAAUAAAACCAAGACCAAGUCCCUACCCCCAGAAUUCCAAAGAUACAACAGAAAUGGAAACUGGAUGAGUCAGUCACCAAUACAAAACAUCGUUACAAGUCAUCUCUCAAGCUAUACUAAGUACUACUGCAUGCCAGCUGUCAAACACCGUCUAUCAAAUACUGACACCAAAUUUCCUUCAGGGUUUCCUUGAAGGGGUCACAUGCAGUUAUCAGAUAUAUGGUGCAUGCCCAGUAAAUAUUGAAGAUAUGUCAAGUGUUCUCCUGAGCAAACAUUCAUAAUGGAAAAUUUGGCAGAGAAAAUUCCUCUUGUGUCUCAAUUGCCUCUCCCACCUGCUCUGUGGCUAAGGUCCAUUGCUCCCUACUAAGGACAGCUGCAUCACCUUGUUUUCUGUUAUUAGAGAGGUUGAACAGACUAAUGAAACUGCCUCUACCUGAAAGCUACUUGCAAAACAAAGAUAAAGGAUUAUUAGCACAGUUAGAAAUAAUAACUAAUAUUUUCAAAUACUGCCCCUUUAGGCACAAAAGGUUUUCAGAGAACCCCAUGCAUUGUUCCUUAUGAAGAAGAGAUCACAGCUCAGUGGUAGAGCAGGUGCAAAAUAUUCAGAGCGUCCCAGGUUCAGUCCCCAGCAUCUUUGGGUAGGACUGGAAGAGACUUCAACCUGAAACCCUAGCGAGCCCCUGCCAGUCAGUGUAGACGAUACUAACUGGGCAGACCAACAGUCUGAUCUGGUCUAAGUCAUCCUUCUGUGUUCCUUUGAAAGGAUGGUUGCAGUGAGCAAACUGCUUUCCUCCCAGUGUUUUCUGCGAGGGACCAUAGGUCAGGGGCAGAGCACAGAUUUUUCCAGAAGGUCUCCAGUUUGGUUCUUGGCAUCUCUUGUUUAAAAGGGAUCUGGUAGCAGGAAGUGGAAAGACCGUAGUAGCCUCAGCCACUGCCAUUCAUCAGAGUAGACAAUAGGGGAGCUAAUUGUUGGCUGUGCACACACCAUACAUUUAAAGCACACACAUUCCUAAAGAAUCAUGGGAAAUGUAGUCUGUUAAGGGUGUCUGUGAGGGGUGAACUACAAUUCCCCUGAUUAUUUUGGGCUGAUGGUGUACUCUAAAUGUAUGUGGUGCGUUUGCAAGAUCCUUCCUAGCUGAAGUCCUGGCAUCAAAUGUCAGUGGAUGGUUCCUUGGUAGAAAAGGUGGUUCUAAAUCUCCUGCAUUGUUUAUCUCUCCGCGCCCCCCCCCCCUUUUAAGAUGAGGAAGAUGAAGAGGUGAAUGAGGAAGAAGAAACAGAAGAGGGAGACCCACAAGAUGAGAAGGUGGAUGGUACGUGCAUAACUGGAGCAAGCCUGAGCAAGUGAAAGAGAAAUGUGGCUGUUGAGAAACUCUCUUAACUUUGGCUGCUCAGUUUCCACGUUCUUGCUGAGGACUGGUGUUUGCGUGGCACCUUGAAUAAUGGCAGUGCUAUUUUCAUUUCAAUACCGUGAGGGGAAAAAUGGCUGCCACUGAUGGAGGCAAGGAGAUUCACAGUGCAAUGGCACCCUGUCACUGGAAUGCUGUUCUCAGCAAAGAACACAGGCUAGAGGAAAGAGAGGCCCCAUCUGAACUAUACAUUUAAAGCAGUGUCAUACCACUUUAAACAGCCAUGACUUCCCCCAAAGAAUCCUGGGAACUCUUUGAGAGCUGCAAUUCCCAGAGUUCCCUUGGACGAGAGACUGAUGACCAACCCCCUUCCCAGGGCACUUUGGGAAUUGCUCUGGGAGGGGAAUAGUGCUCUGUGUAACUUGGGGUGAACUACAGUUCCCAGAAUUCUUUGUGUCAGUCAGUCAGCCAGUCAGUUUUAUUGCACGUAGCCAAAGGCUGCUGCAAUGUACACAGAAUUAUUCAACAAUUAAAAGAAAAUAUACUGGAUUGAUAAUACAAAAAUAUUAUCAAGACAUUACCUAUUCUAAACAGAGCUAUAAAAGUACCUUAACAUACAAGUUAAGACAUUAAACAAUAACAUUUAUAAGCUAAAAUUAUCACAUGGCCACUAAUAUGUUAAUUAAUACAAUGUGCAAUUAUAUUCAGAGUUUGGUGAUAAAGAUGAAUUCUUUGUGGAGAGCUAAGUGGUAUAAAUGAGCUUUAAAUGUACAGUGUGGAUGGAGAAACAUUCUUCCCUGUUACAAGGCAACUGCCUCCAGCUGUUGGCCAUGUUAGUUGGGGCUGAUGGGUUUUGGGGUCCAAUAACAAUUGGAGGGUCCACACAUUCCCCAUUCUUUCCUUGUGUACUAAACUGGUUUCACUUACAUGUCGUUUCCACCUUUGUUUGUUUCAGGUCCUCAGUAACGAAGGAGGAGGGGAAAAUGGAUUCCAGAGGGGAAGGAGAAAUUCUGCCUGUAUGGACUGGGAAGACUUGGGGAGGGGGAGGAAGAGGGGUGUAGUGGGGUGGGACGCCCAAACUGAAUGCCCAACAAGCAAUGAGGAAAAGGAGCAGGACGCAGUUCAGCUGAAGAAGAGCCAUUUGGGAUGUGGAAUUCUUGGCAGUCCAGAAAGAAUACUUGCACAAGGACACUUUUAUACACGGGUGCAAAAAGGAACCUUUCAUACAUUUUAUAUGUUGUUGGUGUGUGUGUUUUUGUACAUAAUUGUCAUGCACUUGAAUUUUUUUUGUAAAGAAAAAAAGAUAAGCUUUUUCUCCCCUCAGGUUUUUUUUGGGGGGGGGAGGGAGCAUUCAGAGCACCCUUCCACAGACCGAAGGAUGCCAAUUCUGGGAAUUAGUUAGAGUUUCUUUGCACUGCUUAGACUGUUAGGAAAAAUGGAAAAGUUUUAGUGUUAGUAGACCUUAGCUAACCAACCGUACCAAUAGUUUUAGUCAACUUUUUUGAUCUAGGAAGAAGGAUCUGAUAAAAGAAUAUUAUUUGCUUUAAUGCCUGUAGCUGAACUUUAAAAGGUGUCUGCCGAUUUUACUUCUUUGUUGUAUAUAGUUAAAAUAAAAUGAAUUCCAGUUUUAUCUCAAUUGGUUAUUUAUUUCAGCCAAUCAAUCUCUAUUAUUAUGAUCACAGAUCAGCCACUAAGUUACAGUCAAACAAAUGCAGUUUUCAGGCCAAGAAAAGACUAUUAGGAAGAAUUACCAGUACUUAUUUAGAAUAUUUAUAACCUGCCUUGCAAACAAAUGAUUCAUACUUAAGUUGUAAUACUAGUGUGGGGAACUUUUGGUCCUCCUCUAGAUCAGGGGUGGCCAACUCUCAAGAGACUGCGAUCUACUCACAGAGUUAAAAACUGGCAGUGAUCUACCCUUUUUGGGGUUCAGGCCAAAGUUGUUGAGCUUCUUUGUGGGGAGCCAGUUAUUUGCCGGUGAUCUACCACAGACGUCCAGUGAUCUGCCGGUAGAUCGUGGUCUACCUGUUGGACGUGCCUGUUCUAGAUGUUGCUAAACUACAACUCUCAUUAGUCCCAACACACAAUGGUCCUGUGCCAUUUAUUUAUUUAUUACAUUUGUAUACUGUAUACCCUCAGGUCUCAGGGCAGUUCACAAUAUAAAAUCCCAACAUCUGAAUAUAAAAUCACAAUAUCAAACUACAAAAUACAUUACAAAAAUAAGAACAGCCCAAUGAUCGUCCCUUGCCAACACAUUUUAAUAAUGGCCUGAGCUUGUACUGGACAGUGGCUUCUGGCUCUAAGGCUUUAUAGGUCAACAUCAGCAUUUUGAUUUGGGCCCGGAAACUAAAUGGCAGCCAGUGCAGUCAGGCCAGGAUUGGCAUAAUAUGUCUUGCCCCAUUAAGCAAACUGGCCACUGAAUUCUAUGCUAUCUGAAGUUUCCAAACAGUCUGCAAAAGCAGUCCUAGAGUAAUCCAGGCACGUCCAACAGGCAGAUCGUGACCUACCAGCAGAUCACUGAACGUCUGUGGUAGAUCACUGGUAGAGAUUACUGGCUCCCCCCAAAGAAGCUCAACAAUUUUUGGCGCCCCUAAAAAAAGCUCAGCAUUUUUGCCCUACACCCCCCCAAACGACUUUCCUCCUCCCUAAAAAGCUCAACAACUUUGAUGCGAACUCCCAAAAAGGGGGUAGAUAACAGCCAGUUUAUAACUCUGUGAGUAGAGUGCACUCUCUUGGGAGUUGGCCACCCCUGAGUAAUCUAACCUAGGGGCUACCAGAGCGUAAACUACAGUACUUAGGCUGUCCCUGCCCAGAUAGGGGCACAGCCAAAGCUGAUGGAAGGCACUCUGCACCACUGAGGUCACCUGAGCCUCAAGCCUCAAGCAACAGCAAUGGACCCAGAAGUAUCCCCAGGCUACUUACCUGCUCCUUCAGAUGCUCCCCAUCAAGCAAUUUCCCAGGAUGAAUGGGAACUGACUUACCUUCCUGAGAUAUGGGGAGGAUAACCUCUGAAUGGCCCUUGAUCGGAUGGCCAGGGGGUCAGAGAUGUUACAAUAAUCACUGUGGUCAUGUCCACACCAUACAUUUAGGGCACAUAUCUUUCCCCAAAGAAUACUGGGAGCUGUAGUGUGUUAAGGGUGCUGGGAAUUGUAGUUCUAUGGAAUGUAGUUCAUUCUUUGGGGGAAGCCGUACUGUUCAGGUGAUCUAAAUGUGCCUUAAAUGUAUGUGGUGGGUGGGAACUAGACAGCUUUGGAUAAAAAAAAAGGAUUAGCCAGAAAUGCAGUGAACAAGCUAAACCACACAAUGGCUAAAAACAGAACCUCCAUUUUCCAAGACAGUAUACCUUUGAUUACUAGAUCCUGAGAACAAACAGCAAAGACCAGCGAGCUGAGCUACCAUACAACGGUGUCAUCACUUGGCAGCUCUUGAAAUGGACAAUUGUAGUACCAGGGGGGCUGAAAGGCAGAGUGGGUCUGGCAUCUCUUAAAAUUAUUUUCUUCUGGUGGAUUGUUGGUAAACGGCAGUCCUGACUGGGUGGUGUGAACAGCAUGAUCAUAAGGCACAUCACAGGCACAACAAUGCACAGAAUUUGUGGCAUCUCUCCAGUCAGAAGGAAGCUCCUGGACAAACAACUGGCCAAUGAAAACUGAACAUAGGGGAGGUUGGAGGAGAAUUUCCAGCUGUUCUCUGAACAGCAAGGAAAAAGCAGUAAAAGACCAAUGUGAGCUGCAACAAAAUGUUGCAGCGUAGAACGCUCGUGUUUCACACCCUUACCUCUUUCAAGUUCCAUUCCAAUUCCAUUAUACUUUCAUUUCAGUCCUCACUGGGCUAUAUUUUGGGCAGGAUUUUAAAGAGCCAGUGGCCCAAGUCCCCUUUGUGGACCACAAGUCUUUGUAGCAACCAGCGCACCCUUCAGCCCUGCUCACUGAGCAUCCAUCGGGGACUGGAUCUAGCAGGGCUCUCCUUAUGUUGGAUAAGACACAAACAAGUCGAAGUUCCAGUUUUGCCCCUGGAGUUUUUGGGUUUGCGCCCCAUCUCCUGAAAAAGCAAACAAACCCGGAACUCCCCCCACCCCCACCCUUUUGUGUGCGCGGGCGAGGGGGAAGGAUGGGAUCACCAGCGGCCCUUGGGCAGGGAGGGGUCGGCGUCUUGCUCCCUCCGCGCCCGCCAGGUCAGCCGGCGCUUGCAAACUUUGCAGCCGGGCCGCCCCGGCCGCAGCGCCCUCCUUCUCCCCCUGCGGGGCUUUGCGCACGAGUCGGCGGCGUUUUCACACGGGCUGCUGCUCGCCCAGCCGAGAUAAGAGGCAGCUGCCAGCGACGCCGGCCUUAGCGGGUGGGGAGGCGGCCGAGGAAGGGGGCGCAAGGCCGGAGAGGUCGAGGCUGAGCGGGGGCCUCCGCGGGGAAGGGAGCGUCCGCCGGUUUGCACCUGCCGGCGAGGAUGGAGCCGGGCUCGGGAGAGAAGAGCCAGCUCCUCAACGGCGUGGAAGGCAGGUGAGUCGCGGGCAGCGGCCUCCGCGGUUCUUUCCCCCACUUUGCUUUCUGCUCCUGCAGUUCUCCGCCCCGAAGGCAAUGCGGACGCUUCGCGCCAAUAUAGCUCCAGAUCCAUUUACUACCUCGCUGCUUCUCCAGCAUUAAUUCUUUGCCACAGUGCAGUCCGAUUUUAAGCAUGUUUACUCCGCAAUAGGAGCAAACUCCAAGGGGCCCAGGUACCUUCUGGCUCCCCCCAAUAAAAUAUUUGAUGCUUCCCAGGCACCCCAAGUUGAUAGGCAUUGUCAUUCAAAAUAGUGUGCGCCUUGUGACUGAUUAUACGGGGCGCAGCUUGCCUUCCCCCCCAAUAUUUUAUUUAAGUUAGUACCUUUGUAGAUGGGGUAAGUCCCAACAAGUUAAGGGUGAUCUGAUGAUGACACUAAAUAGGUGCAAGAUUGGACUGUAGGUGUGCAAACCUGUGUUUGCUCAGGUGUGAAUCGUGUUGCGUUCAGUGGGAGUUAUGCCCUAGUGAGCACCUUGCAACCUUAUCUAGGUCGCUGGCUUUGGGAGAGAGGCUCAUCACCACCUGCCCACCUCCCCAUCUUACCCAGCUUAUUGGUUAGAGUUUGGGGGCUCCAUCAAAGCCUUCAGAUCCAAAAUUGUGCAUGCAGACCCUCCCAGCCACUCUCUCUUACAGUACUGGACUGGAACCCAAAGAAGUGUAAUGAACUUACAAAAAAGAAAAAGAAAAAUCCUGCCAAUUCCUAAAACAUGUGUGGAGAAGCUGUGGCCCUCCAGAUGUUGUUGGACCCCCAAUUCUGCCAGCCCCCACCAGCAGGAACAUGGGCCAGGAAUGACUUUUACUGAUUGGUUUUGGCUAUUUACAUCCUGCUUAACAGUAUUCCUCUCUAAGUAGUAGAAACAGCAAACUCAGUAAACACCAUGGAGAUAAAAUCAGUUAAAAGCUAACUCUAAAAUAAAAAGUAGCUUAAAAUGACUGCUGACAUGGGCUCCGGAAGUUCAACAGGGAAGUGGGGGGGCGGCUAUCUGAUAUCAGCUGGGAGGGGACUGUAAGCUUGCAACAUCUGGAAAGCCAAGGGUUCCCUGUCUGUGGUCUAGAAUCAAAUCAAGAAGUUAAACUUUUCCUGGCAUGAAAUUUCAGAGAAGCUUUAUCUGUUGAAUGUCGAUAUCUGUUGUGUAUUUGUUAAAGGCAAGGCAGGCAGCUUUGCGUGAAAAAAGGAUGGCAGCCUCCGACUCAAGCUCUCCCAGGGUGUGUGUUCAAAGAGUAAUUAGUCACUAUUAAGUAACUUUGACAUCCUUUUUCAACUGCAAUAAGGGUAACUAAAAGCAAGGCAAAAGGGUUGUUUCUGUACACCCCCACUAUACCAGGGAAAACCUAUGAGCGGAGUGUGGGUUCUGUUCUUGCAGCAGAGAUUGCGAACAGAGAGUGGGAUCAGAGGGUAGGGAUUGUUCCAGUUUAGUUAAUGUAAAAAUGGAGUCUUCUCUAAUCUAGCAUAAAAUGCUUUGCAGCAGGUGAUGGCAGCAUUUCUGGAGAAACGCAGGGCUGUUUUAGAGAGAGCCCUGGGCUGCGACAUGUAUUUGCUACACUUACACGCCACCCUCCUGGAAGAAGCACUGAGCACUGUGCUUACCUCUGCCUCUCCCAUAUUAUCCUUACAACAACCCUGUGAGGUAAGUUAGGGAGAGAGAGUUAUAUGCCAAGGUCACCCAGCGUGGGCUAAACUCUGCGUUUGUUCUUGUUAUAUAAAGAGCAUCUGCAAGGAAGCAACUUCCAGGCAAAUGUGGCAAAAGCUUAAAACUUUUUCUCUGUUCUCUGCCCUGUUCCAAGAAAACUUGCCUCUUGGAAGCGGCAGUUUGCAUUUCAAGGGCAGCACCAGAGGCUUCCCUUGAAAUGUAAAUUGCAACUUUAGAGAGAAAAAGUGUUUGGGUUUUUUUUUGUCAGAUAAGGUUGCAUGGAGAGAAAAUAAGGUCCUUCCCACCCCAUCCUCAGGGUCCCAAGUUUGCUCAAGCUUUGCAAGAGAUGCUGUAUAUAUCCUUAAAAAUUUACAAAUUGCUAUAUAUAUUAAAAAGCUUGAACUUGGUGUGAUAUACAGAACAAAACCCUUGCAUGUUAACUGCAUUAUUGCAGUAAAGAUCACCCAGCUUCAUGGCUGAGUGGGGAUUUGAACCCUGGUCUCCCCUGCCCUCCUUUGGCACUUGAGUGUAGAAACCGAAAUUGUUUGCCUGGGCAGAUAGAAGGCAGAGGUGUAGGAGUGUGUGUGUGUGUGUGUUAAGAACCUCAGACAGUAACAUGUUCGGAACGCAGCCUGCUCUACGGAAAGGUAAGAAUCACAUCCACCCAUUGUUCUGCCUGUGUCCCUCUUGCCUGCCUUUGGCAUGCAGAGGUUCCCUGCCAGUGAUUGCAGGAGGCAUUGUCACAUUGCAAGGGCACAUUCCACCCAGGAAAAGAACACCAGGGAGGGGCAGAGCAAGGCUGGUGCUGCAGGACAAAUGACCCAGGGAAUGAAUGGGGCUUGGCCAAGGAGGAAUCAAGAGGGCUGGGUAGAAAACUGUGGAGGGGGAGGCGCUGCAUUUGCCCCCUAGGCCUGAGGGUCCCCACCCUUAACUUGAGUGGUGCAUAUGUGCAGAGGCAACAGAAGACAAAUUAGGUAGUGCUGCCUAAGGACUGGAGGGCAUGUAAAUCAAACUCACUCACUCUCACACACACAAGCAAACACACACGCAAAGGCACAUGCCUAUUUUCUGCUUGUUUUGCUAACACUGUGAGGAUCUCUACUUGGCACUGCCGCACAGCAGAACUUGAAUGCCAUACCGUCAAACGAAACAUUAUUUUAAAUAAUAAAAAUAUAUGUGAUCAAGAUACUAUUUAUGAAACAUUAUUUUAAAUAAUAAUAAUAUAGGUAAUCAAGAUACUAUUUAUUUAUUAGUUUACAUUUCUUUCCAACCAAGGGAUACAUUUCUAUCCCAACAUGUUGCCCAGAGUGGUUGGGGCAACACAGUAAAAGUAAUUAAUUAUUAUUAAUUAUUAUUAUUAUUAGCUCAAGGUUAUGUACCUAGUUUUCCCACACCCCCAUUUUAUCCUCACAACAACCAUGUAAGGUAGGUUAAGCUGAGAGACCAAGGGCCACCCAGUGAUCUUCCCAGCCAUGUGAGGACCUGAAUCCUGGGCUUCCUAUGUCGUAGUCCUGCACACCAAUAGCUCCAGUACAGUGACUUUGAAUUGAAUUCAUAAGGAGCUGAAGUAAGGCAUCCUGCUCCAGCCUCUGCUGUUUUCUGCUUUGCUUUUCCAGCUGACACUCAACAUGGUGUGGCUAACUAACAUACUUGGUCCUUACUGGACAUUUUUUUUGUGGUAGCAGGGGCAUUCAGUUUAUUGUUGUGCUUCUGCAAAUUUAGAGUUUGGGGGACAACAGCAUCUCUGCCUGAGACAACCUCUCUCUCUCUCUCUCUCUCUCUUUAAAAAUCUUCUCUUUAUGACACAGGUCUUAUUUAGGAGUCGUGGGUAAGAAUUUCCCAAACCCAAUGGUCGGCUACGUUCCAGACCUUUCCUCCUUUGAGCUGGGCCUGAACGGGAACCAGCACUGCCAUUCCAGCUGGGCAUCUAACAGCAGCUACGAUGCUGAAAAAGAGAGAGCUCGGAAGAAGCUCUACGUCGCCUCGGCCAUCUGCUUGGUCUUCAUGGUGGGAGAAGUUGUGGGUAAGGCUCUUGACGCUUUUUGACAUCACUGUUUGCUGUUUGGGUUGUGCAUCAUGACUGUGUACAAAAUUAUCAUCAUCAUCCUAUAGAAUCAUAGAAUUGCAGAGUUGGAAGGGACCUUGAGGGUCAUCUAGUCCAACCCCCUGCAGUGCAGGAAUCUUUUGUGGAACUCAAACCCACAGCCCUCAGAUUAAGAGUCUCAUGCUGUACUGACUGAGCUGUCCCAGUUCUUCCUAUUAUUUGCCUGCCCUUCACCAUAAGUUCCCUGGGCAGUUUGCAACACAUUCUGGCCAGCCACACUGAAGGGGUGUGAAGCACAGCCAGUGAGGGCUGUGGCCUUGGGUGGAGGGGAGUUCCAGGGGAUGCAUAAAGAGGCCCAGAGGCCUGAGUUUCCCCAACUUCUGUAAUGCAUGAAUCAUCUGUAAUCAGUGUUGGAAAUUCGCAUUGUUCUAGGCACAUUUUGCAACAGGGAAUUUCAUUAGUGCGAGCAGCUUCUGAGUUCUGGGUGCGGUACUGCGCCUCAUAUUUCAGAUUAAAACUGCAGAGUGGAAGGAAAGGAGGACCCUUUUCUGCCUCCCCACUUCUAGCUACUCUCUGAAGACUGGAGAAGAGACCCUCUCAAAAGUAUUAGGGGGGUGGGCAGAGGAAGGACUAGACCACAUGAAAAAGGAACACAAUAUUUUAGCUACAGUUCAUUCAUUUUCAGCUUUGUAUUCCUGUUAUAAAAAAGCACGCCUAGAAAUUCCAUUGUUGUGCCCUUAACCUAGGAUUAAGGUGCCAUUUAGCUCCUGGCUUUCAUAUCUCAGUUUCUAAUACUGCCCUCUGCCUGUGGGGCUCUCUCUUCCCAGGGGGGUACCUUGCCCACAGCCUUGCCAUCAUGACUGACGCUGCCCACCUCUUGACGGACUUCGCCAGCAUGAUGAUCAGCCUUUUCUCUCUCUGGAUGUCCUCUCGGCCCCCUACCAAGACCAUGAAUUUUGGUUGGCAUCGAGCAGGUAACAACAUCCUGGCUACUAAGGAGUAAGUCCCAGUGAAUACAGUUAAGCAGACUUCCAAGGAAGCCCACCUAAGGUUGUGCCUGCUGGCUAUGUGACAUUCACACUGUAGCAGAUCAAAUGCAAACUUCUGAGCAGAGACUAUAGAGCUGUGUUGGUGGGGCAUGCUGAAUUUAAAAAACAAAACCAAGCCAAACCAGUGAGCGGGGCUGAAAAGUUGUAACAUGAUUUGGGAAUUCAAAAGAUAUGUUGGUUAAAUUAAUGUAACUUAGUUUUGCUUGGUAAGUAAAAUGUUUAUAAAAUUUCAUAGAAAUAAUUAAAAAUGAUUGCCAAGUACUUGCAGCUGUUGUUGGCCUCCGUUUGUCUCGGGAGACAAUGGAGGAGUGUGCCUUGGGGUGAAGUCAAACCGCUGGAGAGUUGCAUCGCCUGCUGUGGCUGUAGAGACUGAUACAGGAGCGACAUGUUUUGUUGCAGCUGGGGCAGAUGAAGGCAUCCAAUUGUGCUGCUGAAGAUGCAGCUAUAUUAUUAUUAUUAUUAUUAUUAUUAUUAUUUAGCAUUACCUGUCAUUUUUCAGAAGGUAGAAUUAAAAGUAUUUGGUUUUCUGAAAGCAGAGGGAACAAUGGAUCUCAUUUUAAGCCCAGAAAAUAACUAUGUGUACAUCAGUGAUGCAGGGAGGGCUGAAUUGGGGACGGUAAGAUUUGUGGGCCCGAUUCACAUGGAACUCCUGCACACGGGACAAUUUACACACAGGUCCCAAUUUCUCCCGUUCCCCCUCCAAUAAGGGGCUUAAUGUCUUUAUUGUUUCAAACAGUUCCCAGGACAUAAUUUUUACUGUUGAGGCUGCCUGCACAAAUAGAGCAGCACUGAAUUGGGCCUCUUGUUGCCUUGUGAAUUGGUCUGUCUGUUGCAAGAGAAUGUAUUGGAGCAAUCUAAUUGGGCAGCUUUAUUUGGUGGACAUACUCCCAAGUGUAUGCAGCUAGGACCAAACUCUCAGAAAUUACCUGCUUGGGGAGUUGUUGCUCUUCACCUGCCAUUGACACCUAACCUAACCAAACCUUCCUGGCUUUCUCUGCAGAGAUCUUGGGAGCCCUGCUGUCCGUGCUGUCUAUCUGGGUGGUGACUGGUGUCCUGGUUUAUUUAGCAGUGCAACGGCUGAUCUCGGGCGAGUACGAGAUAGAAGGGAAUGCCAUGCUCAUCACCUCUGGCUGUGCCGUGGCAGUAAACAUCAUGUAUGUAAGCAUGCUCAGAAUGCACUUGAAUGGGCACCUAAGGAAGUUGCAUAAACUGGAGAUUCUCCUCAGAUGGGGGUUGACCCUGGCAAUGGAUUGCAGGCUGCAUAGAUCAGUGAUACCAUGCUUUGUGGGGAAUCUCCAGCUUUUUGGUCCUGCCCACUGACAUCAGAUGGUAGGUAAAGGCGUGGCUGCCUUCACUUUGAAGUCACUUUGCAAGCAGUUUCUGUUGAAGCCUCCUGGAAACUGACUUAAAAAGCGAUAUUGUCACUUGAAGUGAUAAUGAAGUCAGGUGAUUAGCCUGCAGGCAUGUGUGGAGAUAGAGAUCUGUGCAAAAAAGAUCAGGAAGCUGGUGAUAGAAAAGACCUUAGCCAGAGGCCCUGGUGAGACACUCCCAAUUAAGGGUCUACAUUACUGGGCUGGGCAGACCAUCUGAGCUGGUAUGAAACAGCUUCCUGGGUUUUUGCUUCUGGAUGACAGGGGCUGAAUGAACAAAAGCCUCUGGUCAAAGGAAGAGCCCAACUCUCUUGCCCCCACUUCUGAGUGUUUUUACUUUUGAUGUUCUUCAUUUAGUGCAGGGGUAGGCAACCUAAGGCCCAGGGGCCGGAUGUGGCCCAAUCACCUCAAUCCGGCCCAUGGACAGUCCAGGAAUCAGCAUGUUUUUACAUGAGUAGAAUGUGUGCUUUUAUUUAAAAUGCAUCUCUGGGUCAUUUGUGGGGCAUAGGAAUUUGUUCAAUUUCCCCCCCAAAAUAUAGCCCAGCCCACCACAUGGAUGGUGGACCGGCCCACGGCUGAAAAAGGUUGCUGACCCCUGAUUUAGUGCAAUUAUCAGAUUUCUGUCCUGCCCUUCUUUCUGAAGGUUCCCAGGGUGGCAAACAACAAGCAAUAAAACUUAUGUACAGAAUUCAAGAGGAGUUGAGAAGCCAGUGUGGGAUUUAGUUAUUUAACUGUAGCAUUAUUUCUCUGCCUGUCAGCUGGGGAAAGGGUCCCAGAACUGCUUAUGGAAGAAUAAAGAUAGUUUCUGCCCACCGCAGUCGGAAAGAAAUGACAGAGGAGGAAAAAGCAAUGGGGAGGGAAGAGGAAAACAAAGAAGCUCGGAUACCAAUUCUUAAAAGUAACAAGUGACAGCCAGCUGAGGCUGGAAGAGAGUUCAGGAAAGAUCAGAGAGCAGAGCCAGUGGUAUGGCCCUGCUUCCCAUCUUUGCCUCUGCUGCAGCCUGAUGCUCUCCUUUUGGCAAAGUCUUCUCUCCUUGCCCACUUUUCCUUUUAAUUUCUCCCUCCAGAAUGGGCAUUGUUCUCCACCAGGCAGGGCAUGGGCACAGUCACGGCAAUGGGCACAGUCACGGCAGUGGCCCCAACACCAGUGUCCGGGCUGCUUUCAUCCACGUGGUUGGGGAUUUCCUACAAAGCAUUGGAGUCUUGGUGGCAGCCUACAUCAUCUACUUCAAGGUAAAGCGGUCUGGAAUAAUUGAUAAUUGCAAAGAAUAUUUAUUCCAUGAUGGAGCAGCUCUGCCAACUCUCUUAGGAGACAACUGCUGCUGUUACCAUGUUGGCUCUGCAAAGAACAAGCUUGUUUGGGGCCAGUAAUAAGUUAGGUGCGGAGCAGAGCAGGGACUCUGCAGUCGAGUGGCAGAGCAUCUUGGGUUCGGUCCUCAGCAUCAUCCCUCCCUUAAACCCUGGAGAGCUACUGCUGGUCAUUGUAGUGGGUACUGAUCUAGAUAGACCAUUGAACAGACGCUGUAUAAGGCAGAGAGGCUCACAGUUUUCUUUCUCCUUCGCCUUCUUCCUCCAGCCAGAGUACAAAUACGUGGAUCCCAUCUGCACCUUCCUGUUUUCCAUCCUGGUCCUUGGAACGACCCUAAGCAUCCUCCGAGAUGUUGUCCUUGUGUUGAUGGAAGGCAAGUCUCCCCUUUUGAAGUGGGCGAAAGAGAUUGGAGCAUCUGGUUGGACUAUGCCAUGAAUUUUCUAUGUAUGGGGGAGGCUGCUUGGUGUGGGGGGACAUUGUAAGUCAAAGCAAGACAUUGCAGCACUUAAAAUGCAGGUAGUUGCUUUACUUUUCCUUUGUUUGACUUCUGUUGCAUUCUAAGGGUUUGGGUUGGGUAGUAAUGUGUUAGUUAUUUCGCCCUGUGUCUCUUUGUCCCCAUAGCAGCUGGAAGGGUGCACCAUUUGAGUCUAGAAAAUGGGAUGGGGGGGAGGAAGCACCACUCCUCUGAGUCUCUGGAGCAGGCAUAGGCAAACUUGGCCCUCCAGAUGUUUUGGGACUACAGCUCCCAUCAUCCCUGACCACUGGUCCUGUUAGCUAGGGAUGAUGGGAGUUGUAGUCCCAAAACAUCUGGAGGGCCGAGUUUGCCUAUGCCUGCUCUGGAGGGUCCCUUCCUCUCCAGCUGCUGAAAUGGAAGAGUGGGGAGCCUCAGGCCUGGGGGCCAAAUGAGGUCCUCCAGUCCUCUCUCCAUGGUUCUCAGGGCUGGGAAAAGGACCCCCAAGGAAACACGAAGUCAUCUUCCAUGGUAUAAUCCAGGCUUCCCCAAACUCGGCCCUCCAGAUGUUUUGGGACUACAAUUCCUAUCAACCCUGACCACUGGUCCUGUUAGCUAGGGAUGGUGGGAGUUGUAGUCCCAAAACUUAUGGAGGGCCGAGUUUGACUGUGCCUGGUAUAAUCCAAUCAAACUAUGUGUUUUAGCUUUGCGCAAGACAAAGAAGCAGUUGUGUCAUCUUGUUGUCUGCUUCUCACCAGCAUCUCCUGCUCCUUCUUUGCAGCCACCCCAAAGGGUGUGGAGUUCAAUGAUGUGAAGAGUAUCUUGCUGUCCAUAAAUGGAGUGAAAGCCCUGCACAGCCUCCAUAUUUGGGCCCUGACGGUGUCUCAGCCCGUGCUGUCUGUCCACAUUGCCAUCAGUAAGUUGCACUCCUGUGCAAGGAGUAUCUGCAGGAUUUUUUCUAGGGGGUUGGGGAGAGAAAAUAUAAUAAAUCGGGCUUCCAGUUGUGGUUCAAAAUACCUGAAAGCCACCCAGGUUGGCAAAGGCUGUUCUAAAUAAACAAAUAUAACUGAAAGGUGGGAGCACAGAAACAAAUGAGGGGACUCAUGCCUGCACACGCUGCCUUGCAUCUCAGGUUCUACAAAUGCUAGAAACUUACUUUGUUUUGGAUUUUUUUUAUAAAAAUAAGAAAUAUGGGCAUCUUGUGAUACAUCUGGCAGGGGAGACAGUCCCUCUCCUUCCUUCUCUGCCCACAUGGCUAUGCAUGCCUCGAUGAGUUGCAGGUUUAGGGGUUACAAGGUGCAGUAGCUGAGGUGGAUGUUGGAUUUUGCAACUAGGGAAGAAAAGCAUGUGGGCAUAGACAGUGCUGGCACCCAGAAAAGCCAGGCUUUGACUGGGAUGGUCUGCCAACCUCAACCCUUGAUCCUACCUCCUCCUACACAGUGGGUGGAUGGCUUAGGCAGCGUACUGAAUGAGGAUCUUCAACUGCCCCACACCCCCAACCCUGUGCUUUUUAAAAAAUAGAACAUGUUGUAUUUGUUUAUUAUUAUUAUUAUUAUUAUUAUUAUUAUUAUUAUUUAUUAUUACUGUUGUUGUUAUUAUUAUAUGCCACCCAUCUGACUGGGUUGCCCCAGCCACUCUGAGUGACUUCCAACAAAAAAUAAUAAAAACACAAUACAAUUUUUUAUUUUUAAAUAUUUCUAAAACGUUUAAAAAUCUCUCUUAAGCCGUAUACAAAAAUAACACUGAACAAAGUAAGACUAUCACAAAAUCAGUGAAUGAAACCCAGGAACUGGUUAAAGACAGGCAUUCGGAAAUAAUAGGGCCCAAUCCAGCAGCUCACAGAAUGCACAGGCAAAAACAAAAAGCAAGAACAUCUUCACAUGACAUCUGAAGCAACUAAUGGAUGUUGUUUCAUAUAUACCAGAGGCUGCUUGUGGUGGUGCGGAUGAGGGAAGAGAGGCUCUGAAAUUGCUUGGAUCCUGACCAGUUUGUGGGCCUUGUCCUUGGUUAUGUUUUUGUUGCCAUUGAGUUGAUUACACAAUCACCUUUAUGAACAGUCCGUGUUGAUCCUUUCUGGGGAAGAAGGUGCCCUAAUAGCCAGCAAAACUAAAGAGGUCUGUAUGGGUGCUCUCGCAGAUAUCUGGGGCCCAAGUAGGGCCACAAACAUGUACUGUGAGAAAGGCUCCCAGAUACACCACUUAGCAUGGAGGAAAUCAAUCCAUUUGUGCUGCCUUCCUCAACGUGGUGCCACCAAGAUGUUUUGAACUACAACUCCCAGUACACCAUUUCCCCUCACCCCCAGACUUUGUGUCAAAUUAACGAUGCCUGUCUUCCUUUUGCUCUGCUCGCCGCUUGCCUCCCUUUCCAGACAAAGACGCAGAUGCUCAGGCUGUCUUGAAGGAAGCGAGUUCCCGCCUGCAGGGAGCCUUCAACUUCCACACGACGACAAUCCAGAUCGAGAACUACUCCGAGGACAUGAAGGACUGCCGGGAGUGCCAGAGUCCCUCUGACUGA